AGGACAUGUUGCUUGGUGCGUGUACUACUGUGUCCAACUUCUAAAUCAACUGGUGGUCUCGGACUAGUAAUUAGAAACAGACACAAAAACAGUACAUUCUAUGCGUAUCCCGAACUAUCCUAAACAUGGGUACAUCUCUGUUCUUAUUGAUGUUGUGUCUGCUCCGUUGUUACGUCGUUCAAGGAGGACAACAAAGAGCAUGCAUUAAUGAUGAAACGGAAGCCAUAGCGUGGUUAGAGGACUACAAUCAGCAAGGUAUGGUUGUAUACUCGGACUCAACUAUUGCCGCUUGGGACUUUUAUACAGACUUAACAGAUGAACACCAAGCCCUUAUGAUAGCAGCCAAUUUAAAGUCUGCUGUAUUUGAGAAGGAAGCCAGAACCAAUGCCUCUCGAUUCAACACGACCGGGUUCAGCUUUGAUACAACCCGGAAACUUGAAGCUCUGAAGACCAUCGGUGAUGCUGCUAUCGAAGACCAGGCUAAACUAGAAGAGCUCAACAAUGUCCUUGCCAGUUUGGAAUCGAGAUAUUCUAAGGGAGAAGUUUGCCGAGAUGACGGCCGCUGUCUUUCACUUGAACCAGAUCUUACGCGUAUCAUGUCAACAUCAAGAGACUAUGCUGAGCUUAACUGGGCGUGGCAAGGAUGGAGACAGGCUGUAGGGCCGAGUGCAAAGGAAGACUACAAAACAUAUGUGGAACUCAAGAAUGUCGCUGCUGAGGCGAACGGAUAUGAAGAUGGUGGUGCGUAUUGGAGGUCGUGGUAUGAAUCGGACGAUCUUGUUGAACAGACAGAGAGACUAUUUGAAGAGCUAAGCCCUCUCUAUGAUAACCUUCACGCAUAUGUACGAAGAAAACUCUACAAAGUAUACGGGCCAGACUACAUCGAUCUUGAAGGACCAAUUCCAGCUCAUCUUCUAGGUAACAUGUGGUCACAGUCAUGGCUUAACAUUCUGGAUUUAGUACUACCCUAUCCUGACGCCAAGAGCAUCGACGUUACACCAGUGUUGGUGCGAGAGGGCUAUGACGCACAAAGAAUGUUUGAAGUAUCUGACGAGUUUUUCACAUCACUAGGACUGAUCCCAAUGCCCAAAGAGUUUUGGGAACAUUCUAUGAUCGAGAAACCUGAUGACAGGGAAGUGGUGUGUCACGCGUCCGCAUGGGACUUCUCCAAUCAGAAGGAUUUCAGAAUCAAGCAAUGUACGGACAUAACAAUGGACGAUUUAAUCACCAUUCACCACGAGAUGGGGCAUAUUGAAUACUAUCUUCAGUACACGAACCUGUCUGUAAUCUAUCGUGGUGGUGCUAACCCAGGAUUCCAUGAAGCUGUAGGGGACACUCUCGCUCUCUCAGUAUCAACACCUAAACAUCUUAAAGCCGUGGGACUACUAGAUGAAGUAGACGAGAAUGACGAGGCUGAUAUUAACUUCUUAAUGAGUAUGGCACUUGAUAAGAUAGCAUUUCUACCGUUUGGAUAUCUAAUGGAUAAAUGGAGAUGGGCCGUCUUUAAAGGUGACAUCGAUGAGCAGAAUUUCAACGCUGAGUGGUGGAAGCUGAGGACACAGUACCAGGGCAUAGUUGCACCAACAGUCAGAUCGGAGGCGAACUUUGACCCGGCAGCAAAAUACCACAUUCCAUCUGACACCCCGUAUAUUAGAUAUUUUAUAAGCCAUGUUCUACAGUUUCAAUUUCACAAAUCCAUGUGCGACGCCGCCCAGCACACUGGUCCACUUUUACGAUGUGAUAUUUAUCGGAGCAAAGAAGCUGGCAAGUUACUCGGUGAUAUGUUACAGAUGGGAAGCAGUAAACCGUGGCCAGAGGCUUUAGAGAAAAUCACCGGCUCAACUAUCAUGACAGCCCAGCCCUUAGUGGACUACUUCCAACCACUUAUAACAUGGCUGGAAACUGAGAAUGACAAAAUGAACGAAGUGCGUGGUUGGUCCAAGGACUGGGUACCAAAAGAACCCCCAAUUUACGGAACAAGUGGUGCUCGUUCAUCGAUGAUGAUGUCAGUAUGGGUAGCAGUUAUUCUGGCAUCUAUUGCAUCAUUCUUCAAACUGUAAAUCAAGCUAACGUUUUACAUGAAAUCCACCCAAAUAGUGUUCCUAAUAACUAUACGGUGUUCAGUAUCUAGAUUAAUGCUGAUCCCCUAAUGAGAUUAAUUUACUAAGGAUUUACCUCAGACCAACAACAUCCAAUACCUCAUUAUGUUAUCUCAACACCAUACUGGUAUUAAUCAGACAAACUGCUGGACUGUGAUUACAAAGGUUUUCCUGAUCCCAUGUCAAACAUAAUCUAAGUAAUUUUAUAGUGCAGUCUUUAGUCCAAAACAAUCAAUUAAAACAUACUGUUUGAUAAUUCUGGAUAAUGGAGAGUUGAAUGUUAUUCAUUUGAUUGGAAAUAUAAUGAUUGUCGUAAUGACAUUCUUGAAGACGGUUCCUAGUCAGCUAUUGCUGGUGAGUCGUAUUCGAAGCAGAAAAAAACGAUUUAGCUCUCAUAGAUCUGGGCCCAAUUUCUUAGAUAUGCUUAAAGCAAAACAUUUUGCCUAGCGGUGUUCUUCUAAGCAGAUUGGAAAACUGUCAGCUUUAUAUUACACAAACACACGGCGUAUGAUUUCUCGACACGACAGCCUUUCGGACGAAUCAAAAACGACUUCAGAGACAGCUUAUUCAUUGAAAAUAAACACUUUGUGAUUUAAUUCCAUCAUUUAUCGACGUUGUAACCUACUGUCAAGCGUGAAAUAAACAAUAAAGAGCUAGCAAUACUCAUGAGUAAAUUGUGAAGUUAUUAUCGUGUAUGUCCUCUGAGAGCAAGAAGUAAUUUUUGACCAAUAGGGCAACUUAUUCAAGUUGUCUUACGAGUAUAAAUAAAUCAUAAUAAUAAUAAACGACAAACAAGCAAA